AUGUACAUGAAAGAGGGUCAUCAACAUGUCAAAGCUUCAUCAAGUUCUAGGUGUACUGUUUUGCUAGACUUGAAGCUUUCAAAUCACGAGACUGAUAAUAAGCAAGAAAAUGAGCAAUUAGGAACAAGGACUUUCUCAUGCAACUUUUGCAAAAAAGAGUUCUCAACAUCACAAGCCUUAGGAGGGCAUCAGAAUGCGCACAAGCAAGAGCGAGCAUUGGCAAAGAAACGACAAGAAAUCAAUAACGAUCAUCUUCGUCAUAUGGUUACUUUUGGAUCUCCAAAAUUAUUAUCUUAUCCUUAUUAUCCAACUACUUCUCCACAUUCAUUUUAUGGUUCAUUGAUCAAUAGAUCAUCAUCACUUAUUGAUAACAAACCUUCAUUUCCAUGGUCCUCAUCGGGGUAUAAUCGGUUUGGCCUUCACAUGAACAACACUAAUAAUACACAAUCCUCCAUUGAAAGGUUAAGGAUGAUGAAUAGUAAUAAUGGUGGAUUGAAUGGUAUUAAUUUUAGGGCACCAUUUCCAAGAUUUAGUUGUGGUUCAACAAAUAUUCAAGCUCUAAAUUGGUCUAAACAUGGAGAUUAUCGUCAGCAAGGUGACCCUUCAUUAUCAAAGAGUUGUGAUCAUGAGGAUUCAUCAGGACUUGAUUUGUCCCUCAAGCUUUAA